AUGCCUCCCGUCUGCCCCUUCAUCCAUUUGAUACCUCAGCUCUCAAUCGCUCCGCACUCCCCCGGUGGCUACCAUUCACCCAACGGCGGCCCCAUCUCCCCGCCCCUCGCCUCCCCCUUCGCGAGCGGCACCAUGACGCCCUCGUUCGCGCCCAACGCACCUGCCGACUACCUUUCCGCCGCCGCCGCUCAGCUGCACAAAGGUGCUGCGGUCUCCGCAGACGAUUUGAGCCUUCCCGAGAACCUGGACCUGGGAUUGCCGAUCUCGGAGUUGCUCAAGAUCGGGACGCAGCGUGCGCAUGCGGAUGCGGAGCAUAGUGAGGGCGCAAAGGAGCUGAUGAGGGGUACGUUGGGGCUGGAGGAGUAUAUACGGUGGAACGUGAUUCUAUGGAGGGUAUAUGACGCUCUCGAGCUGGCCCUGUCGGAACACUAUGACCAUCCCGUCCUUGCCCCAACCUACGAUCCGCGCACGCUCGGCCGGUCCUCCGUCCUCGCGCAGGAUAUCACCCACCUUCUCACUCUCCUACCUACCACCUCCCCCUCAUCCGUCUCCAUCCCUCCACACAAGCUCACUGCUCUCUCAGCCCCCCUUCCACCCUUCCCUCUCGCCCCCUUCCUCUUACCGGUAUUUACCGACCCGCCCGCCGCUCUGCUCGCUUAUCUGACCCACAUCAAAUCCCUCUCGUCCUCACCUACGGCCGCAUCCGGACUGCUCGCACAUGCCUAUGUACGGUAUCUGGGCGAUAUGUCCGGUGGCCAGUUCAUCGCUGCGCGGAUCAAGAGGAGUUACAGUCUGAAAGGAGCGGACGGGCUACGGUUCUUCCAUUUCGAUCAGGCAGGGAGGGGGGCGGAGGAGCUGGAUGAUGAGCCGGGAGGCGAGACAAGGAAGAGGCUGGGCGAGCUGAAGGAUUGGUAUAGAAGGGGAAUGAACGAGGGGGUUGGCGAGGACAAGGAUCUCAAAGCACAUCUCGUGAAAGAAGCGAAUCUCGCUUUCGCUCUCAAUACCCACCUCUUCUCGUUGAUUCAGCCCACCUCAGUACCGUCUGCCAGCAGCACCGCGAAAACUUCGAAAACUUCGCCGGUAGAAGCUGUUGCGCAGUCCGCACGCGUAGCCACUGCUCGUGCAGCGCAAGCUAGGCCACAUAGCCCGUUCAGCUGGAGCGGGUCGGGCACGCUCGACAAGGUCAUCAUGGUGCUCGUGGCGGUACUCGUCGGGCAGGCGCUCAGGCGGGGAGUGCCGUACCUCGGAGAGCAGUGGGAGAUGCUCGGACUAGGCGGGAAGUGA